AGGUAUGUUUCACAAAUGCAGCUAUCAUUUUGUAUUUAUGCUUUAAAAUACUUUUAAAAGUCGGAGUCAUAGUUCAAACUUCAGUAUUGUGUUAUCGUUCCAAGCGGUGCGGUCUCAUCGUUUGUACAGCCGGCAGUCGACGUGUGAAACAUGGGCCUAAUUUUAAAACUAGUUUUUGUGAUUGGAACAGUUUUAAUAGCUUACCAAGUCAGCAAAUUAUUUGAAACCCCACCUUUUCCAAAAAUAGAAAACACUUGGUGGGGCCCCCGCGACCCAUCGAAAGAAGACACAUCAAUUAAGCCUUUUAAAAUCAAUGUCUCUGACGAGGUUCUCAAGGACCUUCAGCAUCGCUUAGCCAACGCGCGCCCAUUCGUGCCCCCACUAGAAGGGGCCCAGCAGCACUACGGCAUCAACACCAAACUUUUGAGUAAAAUCGUCGAACACUGGAGGACCAAAUACAAUUGGAGAGAACGCGAAAAGUUCCUCAAUCAGUAUCCUCAAUUUACGGUCAGCGUCCAAGGACUGCGACUCCACUACAUUCACGUCAAACCCGCUAAUCCUGGAAAACUCAAAGUCGUUCCUCUUCUUCUCCUCCAUGGAUGGCCCGGAUCUGUCCGAGAAUUCUACGACAUAAUCCCGCUUUUGACAAAACCCAGACAGGGCCACGAUUUCGUCUUCGAAGUCAUUAUCCCAUCUCUCCCCGGUUAUGGAUUUUCGGAAGCAGCUGUUCGUCCGGGUCUAGGUCCAAUUGAAAUGUCCGUCGUUUUUAAAAACCUCAUGAGACGGAUUGGUUUUGAGAAAUUUUACAUUCAAGGGGGCGACUGGGGUGCUCUUAUUGUCCAAAACAUGGCCACUUUAUUCCCAGAACAUGUUCUCGGAGUUCAUUCCAAUAUGUGUUUUGUUAAUACUCCUUUAUCUAACUUGAAACUGUUUUUGGGUAGUCUUUACCCUCGUCUAAUCGUAUCAAAGGAGAUGGAGCAUACUAUUUACCCCUUGUCAACUUUUUAUUCAAAUAUGUUGCUGGAAAUGGGGUACAUGCAUUUGCAAGCCACCAAACCCGAUACCGUGGGGGUGGCUUUAAAUGAUUCUCCGGUAGGUCUGGCGGCUUAUAUUUUGGAAAAGUUUACUACUUGGACUAAUCCUGAAUGGAAAAAUUUAGAAGACGGGGGAUUAACAAAGAAAUACAACUAUAACGACCUUUUGGAUAAUGUUAUGAUCUACUGGGUCACUAACUCUAUAACAACCUCAGUGCGACUUUACUCUGAAGCUUUCAAUAAAGCUCAAAUGAGUCUAGGAGUCGAAAGAAUUCCGGUAAAAGUACCUAGUGCUUGUGCAGUAUUUCCCAAUGAAAUUGCCCACCAGCCGCCUCCGCUUUUGAGUGAGAAAUACCAUAAUCUGGUCCAUUACAGUGAAAAGUCUGAUGGUGGACAUUUUGCUGCUUUUGAAGUACCGAAGAUAUUAGCCGAAGAUAUUUUUGUUGGUGUUGAGAAAAUAAUUGCUGCUAAUUUACCAAAGAAAUAAUUUGUAUAUUUACCUUUUUUGUUAUCUUUUUUAUAAAAGGGUGUUGUGGAAAA